AAUUUUUAAAUAAUAAUAAUUUAAAUGUUGUAUCGUGCAUACGCAUAGAAGGUGGAAUGGGCUAGGCCCAAAUAAAAAAGAAAAAGAAAAUGAAAAUAGAACACGGUGGGAUCUAUUUGCCAGACAAAAACCCUAGUUUUACCCGAACUCGAAAACUGCUGCUUACUCAAGGACUCAACAAUCGAGAGGUGAGUGAUGUUUGGGUUACGCGCAGUCGCUUCAAAUGUUGGGGGUCGACUCCUUCAAUCUUUACCGUUUAGUGGGAUGCGCACCCAAGGCAUCACUAUAAAAGCAGGAAUGGACAUCCCAGACAACAAGUCCCUAGAGUACGCCCUUCAAUACAUACAUGGCAUAGGUAAAGCUAGGGCUCGCCACAUCCUAUCUGAGCUCCACAUGGACAACAAACUUGCCAGGGACUUGACUAAAAGAGAAAUUGUUGCUCUUGGUGAUGAACUCUCCAAGUACAUAAUUGGAAGGGAACUGGUGGCAGUAGUUGAGAAAGACAUCAGACGAAUGAUAGACGUCCAGUCCUACAGAGGGAUAAGACAUAGUGAUGGAUUGCCUUGUCGAGGACAACGCACCAAGACCAAUGCCAGGACCAGGAAAGCUGGUAAACGGAUUCCUUCUGGAGCAAGGCACAAAUAGCCAGUUCUUUCAGUGUAGUCAGCGAACAUCAUAAUUCAGUUGGGGGUUUUCAAAAGGAGCCCAGUAUGGAUACAAUAUUUGACUGCUACUACCAUUUUUUAUGUUUCAAGUCAUUCCUAUUGCCAUUUUUACAAAGCAUGUUAUAAAUAAGAAAGCUUCAUCCUCUUCAGUUGGGUAUUGGAUUUUGGAUUUAAUCUACUUUGCUCUCUUCAAUUU